AUGGAUGGUAAUAAAGAACAAAAAAGUGAUGGAAGUCCCUCUGUAGCAUCACUUAUUCCUUCUGGUUGUAAGCCAAAAGAAAAAGAAAUGAUUUCUGGAUGUUGUGUUUGUUCUGAAGAAAAUGGAUGGACAGACAAUCCUUUAAUAUAUUGUGAUGGACCUAAUUGUGAUGUUGCAGUUCAUCAAGGAUGUUAUGGAAUCAUUGAUGUACCAGAGGCUGAAUGGUUUUGUUCAAAAUGUACUUAUGCAUUAAGGUUACUAUAUGCUUUAGAUAAAGAAAAAAUACCUUCUUGGUUAGUUAAUGCAGAUCCAUCAACGGAGCAAUUGUUAAAUGAUCCUAAAUGUGAAUUAUGCCCCUACAGUACUGGUGCGUUAAAACAAACGCAUGAUAAAAAAUGGUCACAUGUCAUUUGUGCUCUUUAUAUUCCUGAAGUACGAUUUGGUAAUGUUCAUUCGAUGGAACCAGUGAUUUUGAAGGAUGUUCCUUUUGAUAGAUAUAGUAGGCCUUGUUAUUUAUGUGAUGAUUAUGGUAACAAAAACAGUCGAGAUGUUGGUGCAUGUAUGCCAUGUAACAAAAGUGGCUGUAAAAAAACGUUUCAUGUUUCAUGUGCUCAAAAAUUCGGUUUACUUUGUGAAGAGGGAGGUCAAUCAAAAAAUGUAAAAUAUUGUGGUUAUUGUAGAUCACAUAUUAAAAAGGCCAAACUUGAUCCAAAUAUAAAAGUAAUCCCUGCAUUUAAAUGGGGUGAAUCACCUUUUACAGUAAAUAGGGAUAGUCCUGCUUCCAAUGAAAAUGGAUAUUUAGAUAUAACGCCAUCAACUACACCGGUUCAUAAAGAAAAAAAAAGUUUACAUUUUGGUAAUGAAAAUUCAUCUGACAGUAGUAAUUUCGAUCACAUGCAUAAAUUAAAGUAUUCAUCUCAACAAUUCCCAACGACCUCAUCAACAUCAGGUUUUUGUACAAAAAAUGAUAUGACUGUUGGGUCCAAAAAAAUAGUAAAAAACCAUUUUAAUACAUCUUUUUCAAAUGACAGUCAUUCUCAUCAUAAAGUUUCUACCGGUUCGUUAAAAGAUUAUGAAUCGUACAAUUUGCCUAAAACAGUAAAGUCAUAUGACACUGGGAAGAAAGAAUCUCAAAUAGUUGUAGAGGAUCGAAGACGACAACAAAGUGAUGACGAAUAUAUAGUUGAAAGGUACAAUAAAAAUACAUUAACGAAUAUUUCAAGUAAUAGUAUUUCAAAAGCAAAUAAUUUAGGAUCUUCAAAUUCUGUACAUAAUUAUGUUCCAAGUACCACACCUACAGAAACGUCAUCAUCAGCUAGUAGUCCUAAGGAUUCUAUCAUACAUUUGCCAUCAAAUAUUGAAUUAACUCAUAAAAAAAAUAACAGUAUUAUACCAAAUUCUGUUUAUAUUUCACCUAAUGUGACACCAACACAAAAAGAAUUAACAGUUGUUACAAGUAACUUAGAAAAAUGUAUAUCAAAAGUAGGAUUUAAUGGAAGUUCACUAAAAUUACCUACUUCUGCUCUUAGUUCGCCAUCAUCUGCCAGUAUAAACAGUGAUUAUGACACCAAAAAUCAAUUAAUUAUUGAUGGUACUCUUUAUCCUUCCUGCGAUAGUGAACCAUCUCCAGUAUCGUAUUCAUAUCAAGGACAAACAAAAGCUGCUUUGAAACGAAGAAAUUAUGAUACAGUAUUCACUUCUGGUAGUAGUGAUGAAAAAAAAUUAAAAAUUGACAAAAAUGAACAUUUAUCUGUAAGACUAAAUAGUAGUGCUAUCUCUCCAUUAAUCAAUUCAAACGGUGUAAAAUUAUCUAGAAAGUCAAAAAUUUAUAAAAAUGGUUCAUUAAUGAAUACAACAAUGUCCGUGACAUCAUCAUCAUCAUCAUCAUAUAAUGGUCUAAAUAAUAGUAGUAAGAAUGAAAAAGAAAGUGUUGAAGAGUUAGAAGAUUUAUGUAAACACGUUGUCGAGGAUACCGUGUCAGAAAUAUAUAGAGAAACUAUUGAAAAAAGGAAAGCUGCAGCAGCUGCAGCUGUCAUGAAUACAGGAAUUGAUUUAAAAAGACAGUCAUCAGCUACUACCUCACCUGUCCCACAACCCGGUAAUAAUAGUGAUUAUAAUGGUAGAGAAGUAAAGGCUGAAUUUAAUUUUCCAAGAGAGAGGAGUAAUAGUAUAAAAAGAAAUUCAAUAUCACUAACAAAUUCUAGUAGUUGUCUUCCAAUGUCAACUGAAGAUAAAAUUGAAGCCUCAAUAACUGCUACAAUUUCUAAUAAUAUGGUACAUGAAAGUCAUUCUUCUGCAAAUUCUAUUGUUACAAGUACUACUUCUACUAAUCAAUCUACCUCUACAUUAGAAGAUUUAUUAGAGAAACAAUUUAAUCGUGGACAUACUUUCUUACUUUCUAAAGCUCCAUGUGAUGUUAGUCAAUUAUUAACAUUAUUACAAGAAUUACAAAAAGAAAAUGAAAAUAUGAGUCAAAAAGAAACUCAACUUCAAAAACGAUUAGAACAUCUUACAACUGUUAAUAAUAGAUUAAAAAUGACAUUACAACAACCACAAGUUUCAAAAGUAACUGUAUCAACAAAUACUAUUUCUUUAGAAAAGAAGGAAGAAUCUAGAAGAACAUCUACUCCACAAUCAAAUACACAUAAUCCUUCUACUUCAAAUAGUAUACAACCAUUAGUUAGAAGUGGAACACCUGUUAUUAUUACUAAUAGCAGUUCUCCAAGUACGAAUCAACAAGUAGCAAUACAGAAUCCUGAUCAAUUACAAUUAUCAAAUAAUGGAACAUCAUCGUCCAGUGUUUUGUCUCCGGUUCUUUCUCCUGUUCCAGGAACUCCAUCUUCAACUCCUUUAAGCGGACAAGCACAACAACAAACAUAUACUAAUUCAUCAACUCCAGUACAACAACAAGCUACUAAUUUACUAAGUAAUCAGAAUUGUAGUUCAUCUACUUCUAAUAUAGUUAACACUGCCAUGACUCCAAAAACUUCAUCUUCUAUUACAAGUAGUCUUAAUCUUCCUAAUAAUACCACACUUUCUCUAGUCACCUCUUCAUCUACUCCUUCCUCUAAUUUUUCAACUACAACAAUCUCAACAAAUGAUGAACUUCAUAGUCAAAUUAAAAAUGCUGCAUUGAAUAGAGUUAUACCACCUGUUGCUACAAGACCUGAAUCACGAACACUUUCUAACAAUCUUCAAAAUAAUAAUCCUUUGUCAUCAUUUAAUAACAGAAAUUCUGUAUCAAAUGUUGAAACUAGUAUCUCAAAUCCAUUACAACAAUUAAAUAGCAACACUAUUAAUUCCUCUGCCCAACAAAGUUUAACUAAUCUUAAAAUUGCUCAAGAUAUUGCUCGUGCUGCUGCUAUGGCAACAACCUCCUUGUCUAAUAAUAAUGUAACAAAUAAUUUAAAUAAUACUUUGUCUGGAACAGGAUUUAGUAAACCUUCAUCAACAGACAACUCUCCGCGUGCCUCCUCAACGGCACCUUUCUCAGCAGCUGUGACACCUGUAAGUAAUGUUAAUCUUCAAGGAUUAUCUACGAAUCUACAAUCUCAAUUUUUAAUGUCUCGUGGAUCUGCUACUGGGACACCAUCUUUGCCAAAUACAAUUAAUCAAUUAAAUUCAAUAAAUCAAAUAGAUUCUCAAAUGAGGGAUUUAUUCGCUGCAGCUCACUUAGCACAAUUAGAACGUAAUAAUCAACUUCAAUCAAUACCCCAAGUUCAAGUAUCAUCAUCAUCUCAGGCGUUCUCUGAACAACAAGCAUCACUAUUAGCUCAAUUGAUGUUAGCAAAUCAGUUGGAGAAUAGUGCUGGUCUUCAGAGCCAAUUGACAAAUAUUCUUCGAAGUCAACAACAAUUUCAGGUAAAUCAAUUAAUGCAAGGAUACCUUCCUCAAAAUUCAGUUAACAUGAAUAGUCCAAAUUUAGGGCAGAGUGUCUUUCCAACGGGGACACCACCACCAUCAGUUUCACUGAAUACAAGUAUGAUGUCUAGUGCUUUAGCAAAGUAA